CAGUGACGUGGGUCCCCUGAAACGAAAGCUAUGCUCCCCGCAGGGCAAGAGGUCAGCCCCUGGGGCUCUGUGACCUUGAGGACGGGGGAGACACCGCAGACAGCGUCCGGCGGAGAACCAUGCGGUCGGAGGCCCUGGCCGCCCAGCCCCCUGCCCGCCAUCGGCCCCCGGAGCCUGGGGCACCCCCCGGCCCCACCCAGGACCCCGUGGCCGAGUGCCAGAGGCUGCCCCCGCCCCUGCCGCCCCUCCUGGACUGGUUCACUCACUCGCAGGCUGGAUCCCUGGCCCAGGGCGACAUCCCCGCCUGGUUCCACGGCGCCAUCUCCCGACAGGACGCAGAGGACUUGCUGGACACCCAGCCGCCUGGGGCCUUCCUGGUCAGGGUCAGUCACAGCCACGUGGGCUACACUCUGUCCUACAGGGCCCCGGGCUGCUGCCGUCACUUCAUGGUGAAGCUGCUGGACACCGGAAACUUCCAGGUGCCCGGGGAGCCGAGGAUGCACCCCUCGCUGGACGCCCUGGUGGCUUUCCACCAGCAGCAGCCGCUGAGGCCGCACCAGCAGCUGUUGACGCAGCCGUGCGGGCAGAAAGAUCCAGAAAAUGUGGAUUAUGAAGAUCUCUUCCAGUACCACUACACAGUGUCCGAGCUGGCCCACAGCUCCCCUCCCAGCCCGACCCCCUGCCCCAGUGUCCCCCCCCACACAGGCCGCCUGGAGGCUGGAGCUGGGCCCCCCGAGACCCCCGCUGCAGGAGGCCGGCCUGAGGCUCUGGCGGAGGCUGAAGACGCUCCCCGAGGCCGGCAGGAAGGUCCCCCAGCAGCUCAGGUCCCACCUGGCGGCCGUGGCGUCGGGAGCACGGGAGGCCGCGCGGGGGCCGGGCAGCCAGGACAGAGACCCCACGCCCCCCUCCAAGGCCUCGGCUCUCGGAGACGCGGGGGUCCCCCCGGAGGACGCGCACGGUGCUCCGGCCCCCCAGGAGUGCCCGCCGGACGCCCGCAAGGCCCCGCUGCCCGAGGAGUACCGUCCACCGCCACCGUUCGCCCCCGGCUACUGCUAACGGGGACCCCCUCACCCGACCCUCCCGGCAGCCAUGAGGGUCCCCACAGUCAAAGCAAGGACCUGGGACAGAGGCAGAGAAGGAGGGACGCCCACUCAAAGGAGCUUCCCCCGGCGCUGUGGGGACGGGGUGGAACCUGCGCCACGGGCACGGACUUUACAAGUUGGGUCAAGGCAGCCCGGGACCGGCCUGGUGGACAGACA